UUCACAUUGUAACAAGAAGGAUUUAAACCACAUGAGCGUGUGCUACUGACAUGGCACGACGCCGUUUGUGUUCUAAAUGUCUGUCAUGUCUAAAAGCGAAAGUGAAAACGACGUUAAAAAACCAGAUGAGUCGUUAGAAGACGCUCCACUAGCACCGUGUACUCAGGUGUCAGAUAAACACAACGCCCACGAUGCUACCAGCGCGUCUCGACCUUCAGCCAAGGAGUCAGUAUUUACACAGGAAAGUAAAACUAAGACACCAGAACCACCUGAAGCACUUAAAACCCCUUCUGCUGAAGCUGAAGGUCCAUCAUCGGGUAUGCUGAACAAUCCUGUGACCUUCACUGUAACAUCUGCCUCCAUGACUCCAACACAAAAUGCCAUAGUGAGCUCUGUGCCUGUGAGAUCUGCCACGCCGCUGGUGGUGGGGGCGAGAAUGGUGUCAGCAGCUGGGGCUAGUGGACAAACCUCAGCAUCACAUCCUGGAGGACUCACUGUAACGUCUAAUCAGAUCAGACCUCCAGCAGUGACCCAAACUCCGCUCCGAGCAGCGAUCGUGGCUUUACAGAGGACUUCACAGCAGAAUGUAACCGUGCCACGGAGCCCUCAGACGACAUCUCUUCAACUACCUGCUAACUUCCAGAUUCCACAAGGUAUGGUUUUAAUUCGCAGCGACAGUGGGCAGUUGAUGCUGGUUUCCCAGCAGGCUUUGGCUCAAGCACAGGCCCAGGGCUUUGUACCCAAAACAUCUAGUGUCUCUACAGCUGUAAAACCACCAGCCUCCCAGGCAACAGCUACAUCUAUCAUCAGAGUUUCUGUUCCAUCUUCAUCUACAACGGUAGCCACCUUGGUAAAGCCUACCUCCUCUACAGUAAAGGCUGUUCUGAAGCCCAGCUCCACCAUGGCCACUACCAUAAUCAAACCUACCACUACAGGAAGCACAAUUAUUAAAUCCCCCUCAGUGUUAGGGACUGGCAUUAAGCCAAACACCAUCACAGGACCCACCGUCAUUAAAGUCACCUCUGCUCAGAAACCUCCGAUAAGCAACACAACAGGAACCAUAAGCCAAAGGACUAUAGCAGGCACAAAUGUUCCCUCUACAGCUGUAGUAACGUCUAUUGGCAAAGCAUCACUUUCUACAUCAGUUUCUCAAAGCAUCCGCCCGGUUGCCUUUGGACCUCGAAAUAUUUCCCCGAAUAUUCCAAUCAAAGCCAGCAGCAAUAGCAAAGUCUCCACUCCAGCUACUGUCACAACCGAGACAUUGGAGAAUGUAAAGAAAUGUAAAAACUUUCUGAUCACUCUAAUGAAGCUGGCAUCGAGUGGGACACGUUCACCUAACAUGGCACAGAAUGUCCGAGCUCUAGUCAAAGACCUGCUGGACGGACGAAUUGAAGCUGAGGAGUUCACUGAAAAACUUUACAUGGAGCUGAAAUCCUCCCCUCAACCGUACCUGGUGCCCUUUCUUAAAAGAAGCCUUCCAGCUUUGCGUCAGCUCACCCCAAACUCUCAGCUCUUCAUCCAGCAGAGUGAGCAGACCAAAGCAUCAUCUUCAUCCACAAUCAGCAGCAGUGCCCAGAAACUCAGCAUUACCUCCUCCACCACAUUCUCUCAGCCUCUCCGAGGCAGUGUAUCAGCCAGACCUGCUCAAAUGGUGAUCCAGCAAAGCAAAGGAGUGAUUGUGGAGCAACGUGUGACCUCCUCAUCCCAUGUUGUCUUGCCAGUGCAGAACCACACACAGGCCAAGCAGCCAGUCAUUCAGACAAACACACAGGCAGCAGGAGAUUUUAGGAAGCUUUCUCUCCAGGCAUGUAAAACCCCCUCUGGACCUACUCAGGCAGCACAAGCACACAGUUUCAAGAACAGCACCUCAGGCUUAUUCCGUGAUGACGACGACAUAAAUGACGUGGCCUCCAUGGCAGGUGUAAAUGUGAAUGAGGAAAACGCUCGCAUUUUGGCAUCCAGUUCAGAGCUGGUGGGAACAGUGGUGCGCUCAUGCAGGGACGAGCCUUUCCUCCAGACCACAGCACUGCAACAGAGAGUGCUUCACAUUGGUAAGUCUCUGGGAGUUGCAGAGGUGAAUCCAGAUGUGCUUGGGUUGCUUUCUCAUGCCACACAGGAAAGACUUCGCAAUCUGCUGGAAAAACUCACUGUUAUAGCACAACAUCAUAAUAUCUCUUACAGGGAUGAUUGGUGGAACAUUCAGACCAGUGACACUCGAGCCCAGCUAAAGUUCCUGGAACAGCUGGAAAAAGUGGAGAAACAAAGAAGAGAAGAAGAGGAGAAGGAAACCCUGUUGCGUAUCGCUAAGAGUCGCUCGAGCUGCGAGGACCCCGAACAGCUUCGGCUACGACAGAGAGCGAAAGAGAUGCAGCAGCAAGAGCUAGCUCAGAUGGAGCACAGAGAUGCUAACCUGGCAGCACUGGCAGCUCUGGGGCCUCGGAAGAGGAAACCUGUGGAGGCUUCUGGCUCAGGGACUAAUCAGGUUCUGAGUUUACGUGCUCAGAGAACGUCUCAAAGGCUUCCAACACGUGUCACUUUCAGAGAUUUGAUCUUCUGCAUGGAACAGGACCGUGCACUUAGACACUCUCUUACACUGUAUGAUGCUUUUCUACGUUAAAAAUCUUUCAGUUUAUUUCCAAGAUUACUUGGAAUUGCGUGUCUUACGUCUUACUUUGGAAAUGAGGACGACCUCAUUUCUGGA